AUGCAUCAAGGAGGAGACGACCUCGAAGACGACUUUGUCCUAGACAUCCCCGAAGAAGACAAUGAUGGAUUCCACGUUGACGACGCGCAAGACUUUGUUAGCGAAGAGGAGGGGGACUCGGCGGACCAGCCUGAGGACGGCCAACGAGACCAAGCUGGCCCUAGCAACGCCAAAGCUGUAGAAAAAAAGAGGAAAAGAAGGGAAAAACUGAAAGAGCGAAAGAAACGGAAGCUAACAGACACUCCUGGAUCUCUUGCUACUGUUGACUCUAUUGCGGCGCAAUCCACCCACGAGCUUGCCAACUACCUUUCAGAAAUGCAGAAAAAAUCCUUUCCGGAUAUGUCUGCGAUAGAACUGGAGGCCACGGCAGUACCAGAGUCUGCAAUAGCAGAUACGGCGUCAUGGCAAGAACCAAGAACUCUGGAUAAACUAGUGGAAUUUAUCAUUAAGGCUGUUCCGUCUCUUCGAACUCGGCUCUUACAGAGAUCCAAGGCUGCUGGAUCACCAACACUUCUUUUUAUAACGGGCGCAGCUCUGCGUGUUGCUGAUGUCACCCGUGUCCUGAAGGACAAGAGACUAAGGGGUGAUAAGGGUGGCGAAGUAGCAAAACUCUUCGCCAAACAUUUCAAGUUGGCCGAGCAUGUCACGUACCUUCGGCGGACAAAGGUUGGCGCUGCUGUCGGCACGCCUGGGAGGAUUGGGAAGCUGUUAUGCGAGACAGAUGCAUUGACAGUGUCCGCACUCUCUCACAUCAUAUUGGAUGUCACUUUUCGAGACACCAAGAGACGGAGUUUGCUGGACAUACCGGAAACGCGGGACGAAUGCAUGAGGACGGUUCUAGGAUGUCCACAAGUCAUCAAGCAAAUGAAAGCAGGUAAGAUACAGGUAGUACUGUUUUGA